UAUAAAAAAAAGGGCUACAUGACGCAAUUCUCUAAUUACCCAACAAAAAUUGCUCUCAGAUUUUCCAUUGAAAUUGUUGUUUGAGGUAUACACUCUGUUGAAUCACUCUCUCGUGAAUCUGAAGAAGUUGAGAUGGACGCUAGAUCUGCGGAUUCAACAACUCUUGAGAGCAAAGCCAAUACUUCUUCAGAGAUGGAUAUUGAUAUCUUUGCUGUGCAAUGUGAGGAGUGCUACAAGUGGAGGCAGAUUAAUACUCUAGAAGAUUACGAGUAUAUCAGAAGGAAACUACGAGAUGACGAGUUUGUGUGCGAGAGGAUAGAAGGGAUGACAUGUAAAGAUGCUGAAGAACUCAAGUAUGAUUCCUCCAAGGCAUGGGCCAUUGACAAGCCUGGCUUGCUUGAGACACCAAGAGGGUUCGAGAGGAACGUAGUUAUGAGAACAGACUACUCCGGAACGGAUGUGUACUACAUAACUUCUAUUGGAAAGAAGUUGGAGACGCACGCUGAGGUUGCAGCCUUCAUUGAGGCCAAUCCAGAUUAUAGUAAUGCCCCGCUCGGAGAUUUUGAUUUCACAGCCCCAUUGGUGAUGGAAGACACUGUCCCCAGUGUAGAUGUGGAGACCCUCGAGCCAUCCAAGGAAAACGACUGAUUGAGCUACAAAGUGCUUCCGAGUCUCCAAAUUUCUUAUGUUGUCCCUAGUGGUAUACAUAUUAGCUUUGAAUUACAAAAGUGUACCUCAAAAAUGUAUUUCAGUGGCCAUUUUGUUUUUUGUAAGCGUCCAUGUAUAUCACUUGGGUGUUUUUCUUAUAGUUAUUAAAUAUAUGGAAACUAUAUUUAUUUCU